AUGCCAGUCCGGUCUGCCCUGUGGCUGGGCCUCCUGCUCCUGGCUGCCCUCUGGGGAUCCUCCACUCCAGCUUCCCUUCUUAGGCGCCUUCGGGAGCACAUCCAGCAGCUUCAGGAGAGCUCUGGCCUGGGGCUGAGCCCUGGGGCUGUGGCCCUCCCCAAAGAGAGGUGGCUGGAGCAGCCGCUGGAUCCCUUCAACGCAUCCGAUGGAAGAUCCUUCCUGCAGCGGUACUGGGUGAAUGACCAGUAUUGGGCCCGCCAGGAUGGACCUGUGUUCCUGCACCUGGGGGGUGAGGGCAGCUUGGGGCCUGGCUCAGUGAUGACAGGGCACCCCGCAGCGCUGGCCCCAGCUUUGGGGGCCCUGGUGAUAGGCCUGGAGCACCGAUUCUAUGGCCUGAGUAUACCUCCCGGGGGCCUGGACGUGGCCCAGCUCCGCUACUUGUCCAGUCGCCACGCGCUGGCAGAUGUGGCCUCCGCUCGCCUCGCACUUUCCCGCCUCUUCAACGUCUCCUCCUCCAGCCCCUGGAUCUGCUUCGGAGGCUCCUAUGCCGGCUCCUUGGCCGCCUGGGCCCGGCUGAAGUUCCCGCAUCUCAUUUUCGCCUCCGUCGCCUCUUCCGCUCCGGUGCGGGCGGUGCUGGAUUUCUCCGAGUAUAACGAGGUGGUGUCCCGCAGCCUCCGCAGCACGGCGAUUGGCGGGUCCCGGGAGCUGGGCGCCUGCAGCUCCCUGGACACCGUCGAGGACCAGGCCGAGCUCCUGGGGGCGCUGCAGGCGCUGGUGGGCGGCGCCGUGCAGUACGACGGGCAGGCGGGACCGCCGCUGAGCGUGCGGCGGCUCUGCGGACUCCUCCUCGGGGCUGGGGGCAACUGCAGCCGCGCUGCGCCCUACCACGGCCUCCGUCGCGCGGCGCAGGUUUUCCUGCACAGCCUGGGCCAGAGAUGUUUAAGCUUCUCCAGAGCAGAGAUUGUGGCACAGCUGAGGGUCACAGACCCCCAAGUGUAUGGCGUGGGUGACCGGCAGUGGCUGUACCAGACUUGUACUGAGUUUGGCUUUUAUAUCACUUGCGAGGUUCCCAGAUGCCCUUUCUCCCAGCUCCCAGCACUGCCUUCCCACCUACAGCUUUGUGAGCAGGUGUUCGGGCUCUCAACCUCAUCCAUAGCCCAGGCUGUGGCCCAGACGAAUUCCUACUAUGGUGGCCAGACCCCUGGGGCCACCCAGGUGCUGUUUGUCAAUGGGGAUACAGAUCCCUGGCAUGUGCUAAGUGUAACCAGGAACUUGGGGCCCUCAGAGUCAGCCAUUCUCAUUCCCAGUGGCUCCCAUUGCUUGGACAUGGCACCUGAGAAGCCCUCAGAUUCCCCCAAUCUCCACCAGGGGCGCCAGAACAUCUCCCAGCAGCUGCAGACCUGGUUCAGGCUGACAAAGGAGAGUCAGGUUAGGGGUGUGGUCUGA